AUGCCGCUGCAGAAGGGAUUCGCGGCGUAUUGGGACAGGGCGCGAGAGACGGGUGCGGACCAGAAUCGACAGGGCAUCGAUGGGCAGGUCGUGCGGAAGAGGGUCGUCCCGAGUACCACGAAAGCUUACGACAAGGUGACCACGAUGUUCGAAGACUACUGCACGAAGUACGGUCUACAGGCGGCCGUCGCGGCGUACGACAUGAGAACGCUCAAGGACUUCAUGAAUAUCGUCAGCUGGGGCAUCGAAGGGAAGUACGGCGACCCGACCCCGGGAGAGCAGGCCAUUAUUUGCAAGUGGAAUUAUUUGACGGCCAAUAUCCGCCGCAAAUACGGCAAGGACGUCCCUCGCGAGGCGACUUCCUCAGUGACCAACACAUUUGUGAUCCCGAGCAUCGGAGCCGCGAGCCGGAAACGUCCCAAGAGGCAAGCGACCACGUCCCGUUUCGUGCACCUGGUGGCGACCCUGUGGGAACGUGACUGGCAUUUGUAUCGGCAGCCCCAGGCUCGGGUGAGUCUGUCAGCGGAAAUCCUAGUCUACAGCAGUAGCUCGGCGAGAAUUGGUGAGAUGAUCCAGUCCAGCAGCCGCCCAGGGACGGGCAAGGGCGUCUAUUUCCGGGAUGUCGUCAUGGUGGUCUUCCGUAAUGAGGAAGGGAUGGCGGAGUUCGCGGUCCGUGUCGUUCGACCGGCCAAGGGUCAAACGUACAAUCCUGAGAACAACCCAGAGCAUGCCAUGCACGAAGGCCGCGGUGCGAAGCCCUUCUUUCUCAACCCGGUGCUGAUGUUUCUCGCUCUUUGGAUCGCCCGUGGUGCCUUUCGAGACUACUCCACGGUCGACCAGAUCCUUGACAUCCCCCCGCCGGCGCAGGGAAGAGAUGCCCAUGUCCUCCACUGGCGAGAUGGGAACCUUCCCCUCUUUCCAGGGGUCGAUCAACGGAUCCAGAAAGCGAACGCUUUCGACGCCCACCGUUACUUCCUGGGUAAACGUGCCGGGUUUCCGUACCCCCCCACGAUUCAUGAGAUCCGGGCGGAGGGCGUCAGUCUCGUGGAUAGCAUGUAUUCAGGGUCGAAACGUAUGAAGCAUGCCGGCCACGCCAACCCUCGAAUACACAACAAAUUCUACGAGCCCAAUCUGGCCACCGAUCUGCAGAGUUUGCAGGAAGGCAACGACCCCCGUACCUUGGUCAACGAGGUCUUCCGUGAGCUGUCCAUUCCUCGUCACCCCGACCUGGCCCAGGAACUGCCCGCGGCGGAGCAAUAUCGGCUCCAACAGAGAGAAGACUACCGAGACAUUCAACGGGCUCUGGCCGAUGGCCAAACCGGGAUAAACCGCAGUCGCCUGUACACGAAACUGCGAGGACUGGAGAAGCGGGCCUUGGAUGUGUUCCAGCGAUCACAGCAGCAAGCUGGUCCCAUCGAACCCGGCUGUGAAGACGAUGACGGCUACUCCUUAGGUCCGCAACGGUCUCGGUACGCCCGAGCCUGCCGCCUGAUGCCCCUGCGUCGACGGUUGGCGGAAAACAUCUUCAAAGUAGGCCAUCUUCGGAGCCCCCUGGGCCGUCAGGUGCUGGCAGAUCUCAUCGCGCUGGCCGGUCAGCGUCACGAGAUCGAGAUCCGGACGGGCUUAGAAGCGGACCGGUGCCAUUGCGACGUCGCACACGAUAGCAACGACGGUGCCAGCAGCUCCAGCGGUGAGGAAAGCGACGAUGGCUGGAACAGUAGUGUGGGCGAUGGGAGCGGUGACGACGGUGAUGCGGGCUGCCAUGGCUUCGGGGAGUUCUGCUUCAUCUGCGACACCUGGUUCACGGGUCGGCCGCAGUGGGAGGAACACUGCCGGUCACACGUGGGCAACCCGUCCACAAUCCCAGCGCAGUGUAAUCCUCUGAUCUACGGAGCGACGUUGGUCCACCCGGGUUUCUGUCCCGUCUGUCUUGGCAAUGGCCACUUCUCGCAGUACCUUGAUCGCGGUUCGUGGAAGAAGCACGUCGACGCUUGUUUUGGUGUCUGGGUGGGGUCCCACCGUCGCCCGUUGUCCUGCCCGUUUCCCCACCCCAAAUGUGCGGCGCUUGCCGUGGACCCGUUGACGCUUGUUUUCCACUGGUGGGACAUUCACGUGAUUUCAAUCCCACGGGAGACAGUUGACAAACUGCAAGACGUGGACCUAACUGUUGAAUCGAUCGCUCCCUCGCGGCAGCGUGGAUUUGCCUUUAUCGAUCAAACCCAGUUCGCCAAGGCGCGCGUCCUCGCGGGUGAUGAUGGCGUGCGUCCAGGUCGCUCCGGGAAACGGGGUGUUCCGUCCAUCGCCGAGGACGUAAAGACGGACCGGCGGCGGGCACGUGACCUGUCACGAGGGGAGGCGUCCACCGAUGAUUGCCAGCCAGCCAAGCGCCUGAAGACUCGCAAAUAUCCAACCAUCGCUGUUGUGAUACCGUGGUCGCCCUUGUGGUCUUCAACGAGGUCGACGGCUCUUAGUCCUGGGCGGCUCGUAGAUCAGAGAGGAUCAGGGCACACGCCAAUGACGGAGUUGAACACCCAAAAAAGUAGGAACUCGCGGAGUGCUUGCUCCUUUCAUCUGAACCACACAUAA